GGCCAGCGCCGCCGCCCGCCCCGCCGGGGCCGCGGCCCGCCCUCUCAGCGCCGUUUCCAGCCGGCGCUGUUUGGCUGCUGCACGGCGGCGGCGGGAGAUCUGCAAAGGCGGCGAGAACGGCUUCAGGCGGCGUAAUGUCAGUUAAGAGAGCAUUAAAGUUGGACAGUGUUAAAAAAAAUAAUUCAUUUAUUUCAACACCUUUGAAGACCAAAAAGAAAAAUCUGAACUGUUACUCACCAACAACCGGAACAUGCCAACUGAGUCCAUUUUCAUCUCCCAUAAGUCAUAAUGCACAAAACCUUGGAAAUCGCCCAUCAGAUGGAGAUGGAAUUAAGCAGAAUGAUUCGGAAAGCAGAUUACCCAGAAGAGGGCAGCCUCAAACAGAGGACACCGCGUUCAAGGAACUGCAGUUCAAAGUGAAAAGUUCAUUGGUUAGAGCUCUGGAAAAAAGAGCAAAUCUGACAAGCCUACAGGCUUUAGAGGGCAGUAGAGAGCUUGAAAAUAUUGUUGGUGUCUCAGACUCGUCGUGCAUCUUGAGUGCUGAAGUGCAGAAAACCGAAAUGCUAAUGAGUCAAGCAGAAGAGCUGCAGCUGUUGAAAAGAAACCAUGGAAAACUUCCUGCCCAAGGCCUGAAUUCUCUCUGCUGUGGGGAAUUCUCUUAAAGGAAAGAAAAUUGAUCAAACUUAGUUUCCUCAGCUCCAGCAGAUUACCACAAAAUGAAAAGGAGUGACAUAACUUUUUAAGGAAUUUGGCUCAUUUGUGCAAUCUGCUAUUUCUGAUUUACAACUCCCCCUGUCCUUCUGUUCAAAUGAUAACAGGCCCUGUCUGGCACUAAUAAUGGUGAGUGCCAUGGGCCAUUGCAGAUUUAAACAGUCAUUGCUUCCUUUGUGCUCUGCUUUUUAAUGGUCAUCAGGAUACACAUUUGUAGUUCCAACCUUUGCUCAAGAGACUAGCCUCUAACACUAAACAUAUAUCCAUCUUGUUAGAUGAGAAAUGAGAUACUUUGUGAAAGUAGGAUGGAAAAUAGAAUUAUGAGUUUAAGUUGACCAAUUCUGAUAAAGUUUCAAUGUCAAUUUUGCUUUAAUAAAGAAUAAAUUCCAUUUUGCAGUCUUGAAAAUACAGUAGUAGGAGAGGUGAAGAAGUAUGUGAUAAAAGCAUUUGGAGAUAUUUUACUUUGCCUUUUAGAUUUGGAUAUGUUUUUUCAUAAUUAUUUUUAAUUAGUUAUGCUUCAGACUUAAAACUUAUGACUGUUCUGUGGCUUGAUACAGAUGGAAUGUCACAUUAUCAUCACAUGGUGAGGCAUGAAAUUUAUUUACUUUACAUAAACAACCUCUACUUAAAACAACUUAAUACAAAACAUUCCUUACUCAAUGGGCAGCAUUAUGUAGAAUUCAGUAUAUCAUUUUGCGUGACCAGCAUAAAAAAUGGCAUCAUUGUUUGUCCAUGACUAGCAUUUAUAGUAAACAAAAUGUUUUUGAAUAGAAUGUAAGCAAACUGUAAAGCAGCUGCCAAGAGACAAAAUCUAGUUGGUAUGUUGAAGUCCGAAACAUGCUUUAUGCAUGUUGAGAAUAAAUUGUGUAGGUUGUCAUGCGCAUAUGGUAAAGGAAAAUUUAACAGGUUCAGAGUUUCAAGGAGUGAAGAUAACAUUCUAAACAGGAAAGCUACUUAAGCUGGUUGUUACAAAUUAUACUAAUAAUUUGCUUACCAAAAAGAGAAACACAGACAUAAAUCAUAUCCAUGACUCCAUCUGCUGUCCAAGUAAGAAAGAACAAGAGUGUUAUAGAGGAUCAAAUACUUGCAGUGUUAAGGAAAACCAUUUUCAGACUGUAUCUUGUAAUGAAGUAAAAAACCCUUUCUUUUCUGUGGUGGUGUUCAUCCUGCCAAGCCCAUGGGCAAAUAUGAUCACCCCUGCUAAGGUCAGUACUAAACAUUCCUAACUUUCGUAUCAUUUGUAAUACAAGUGACUGAAGUUUGCACUCUGCAGCAGCAGCAGUGGCUUUCCAAGACACUAGAUCAGGAUUAACUAGAUGGAUUUUCAUUUAACACCACUUGAAACUACUAAUGAAAGCAAAACUGGAGAGAUUAGGGACCAAGUAAUACUGAGUUCCCUCUCACCAGUCCAGUUUUCUUUGAAGACUGUGUAUAUAUGGUGAAACAUAAAAUCCCAUUUCAGAAACACUGCAAAAUACAGGGGCCUCCUUAAUAAGCAGAGUUCCUUCUCAAAACAGAUAAAAUGGUAAGGACAGAAUAUUCCACCGUUUAUCCCAAUUCAUAUCAGUGUUGGUUUGGACUUUGUAUUGGGUAUUUGGGGACAAGCAAAUAGCUCGGGUCUGGACUGCUAGUGGGUUGCUGUGAGUGAGGGUAAAUCAAGUUUACAAUAUAUUUCUAUAUCAGUCUCAAAUAAAAUAGAAUAAAUCUGUUGACCUUUAGACAUACUUGGGUGUCUGUCUCCUGCCUGUCCUUCCUCCUCCUCCUUUUUGGGGAUCUUCUGCAGAAAAGGGAAAUACACCAUGCUUCAGAUGCGUAUUUUCAGGAAUAUUAUCUGUGUAUUUUUCUGAUUGUAAAAACCCUAACCUAAAAAACUAUUGGUUUUCUCAGCCAAACUUUGUAUUCAUUUGCAGGGAAAAAAUGUCAUUAUAACUUUUCUGAGAAAAGUAUGUCUUGUGAACUGGCUAAGCAGAAAUUCAUUAAGUGAACUAAAUGAAUACACAAGUAAAUUUAUUCCAAAACAGACUUUCUUUCCAGAAUUUCCAUUCCUUGAGAGCAAAUGGAGCAAAUAAUGAUUGUCUUUGCUUACAGCAAAUACUUGCUUUUCAGGGAAGUGAUGAGAUGGAUGCAGGGGUUGGAUGUAGAUGUUGGGAAAGGCCUUUUUCUCUAACAGAGCUGUAGGCCUCUUUUCUGAGAACUGGUACAUGAGCUGAGGCUGAGGGAGCUGGGGGUGUUUAGCCUGGAGAACAGGAGGCUCAGAGGGGACCUCCUCACUCUCUACAGCUGCCUGGAAGGAGGCUGUAGCGAGGUGGGGUUGGUCUCUCCUCCCAAGUAACAAGCGAUGGGAUGAGAAGCAACAGCCUCAGGUUGCACCAGGGGAGGUUUAGAUUGGAUAUUAGGAAAUAUGUCUUCACAGAAAGGGUGGUCAAGCCCUGGAACAGGCUGCCCAGGGAAGGGGUGGAGUCCCCAUCCCUGGAGGUACUUAAAAGAUCCAUAGAUGUGGUGCUUAGGGACACGGGUUAGUGGUGGGCUUGGCAGUCCAAGGUGAAUGGUUGGAAUCGGCGAUCUUAAAGGUCUUCCAACCUGAACAGUUCUAUGAUUCUGUAAGGAUGAACCAUAUGAUCUUGUUUGUGCAAGCCCUACUUCUAGGCAUUUGUGAUGGAGGCUUUUCUGAGGUUCAGUUCUGUGUGUUUAAUCUGUUCGGAAGAAGUUGCUAAUGCUGACACAAACAACAGUUUCUUAGUUCUACCCAGGUCCUUUCCAUUAAAUCCUAGGCUUCUUUCCAGCAUAAGUUUGACAAGAUCUCUCCAGCAGCCUUUUUGUGGUAUACAUCAUCUCUAAAAGCAACAAAGAGGAUGCUGAAGGACUCUUUUCGAAGUAGAUUAUUAUUAGAUGGAGAUUUAGAGCUUGCAUUUGCAAAAGAUAUGCUUCCUUCAGUUCUUAUCUUAACACUAAAGGGCAGGUUUGCCACACAUCGGAAAUGUCUGCUCUGAGUCGAUGUCCCUGUGUAGUGUGUGGAAGAGACACGGUGGUCAUCAGUACUCUCACUUAAGUCCUUCAUUCAACCAAGAGGCAAGUUGCCCUCCUGGCCUGAUCAGAAAGGCUAUGAAACUAAGACAAAUUUACUUAAGAAUUGAUAUUUUUUGAAGGUGCAAAAAUUGGCUCUAGUGCCUGCUACUCAAUGGCAUUCAAGUCCGGUCAGCCUAGUGCCGGGAAGCCUGUAUGCCCAAGGCUGCGUAGGCCAGAGCUGACGCAUACACAGACUAGGUGUGUAAUGCACUGCAGCAUGGAGUACAUACCUGCCUUUACCACAGGACAGAGGAACCUUAGGCCAAGAGUC